GACUUUGACAACCUGGAAGCGGAAGCCGGCACGCGUCGUGCGGGGUUGAGGUAGCGGCGGGAGAGGCUGGUUGGUGGGAGUGUGACCGUUACUGAAGCUGGAGCCGGAGCCGGUCUGUGGUGAAGAGCCAUGACGACCUCCCAGAAGCACCGCGACUUCGUGGCCGAACCCAUGGGGGAGAAGCCCGUGGGGAGCCUGGCGGGCAUCGGAGAAGUGCUGGGCAAGAAGCUCGAGGACAAGGGCUUUGACAAGGCCUAUGUGGUUCUGGGCCAGUUCCUGGUGCUGAAAAAAGAUGAAGAUCUCUUCCGGGAGUGGCUCAAAGACACCUGUGGGGCUAAUGCCAAGCAGUCUCGGGAUUGCUUUGGCUGCCUUCGAGAAUGGUGCGAUGCCUUCUUGUGAGCCCCGUGCCUGGGGGCCGGCCCCCCUUGUCCCCUCCCAUGGGUCUUCACAUUUAGCACCCUCCAGUGGGAAAUCCCGUCCCUCCCUCCCCUUCCCACCUCCCAAUAAAAGGAAAGAUUUUUGCUGCCGCCCCCACCUGGGACACCUUCCCCUGUCCAACAUCAUUGUGACUCAAGCCUCCCUGUCCACACCUCAGCAUGCCUCCUGUCCCGUAAAUUACAGUGGCGAUAGUUAUUAGCUUUCCUGGGUGGGUCUCUGGAGUGGCUUCCUCACCCCCUAAGUCCCCACUUUUGGUCUUUUAUGCCAUUUGGAUAACUUUGGCAGAAGGACAUUCACUGCCAUUGUAAAGAGUUUUUUAAAACUAAUAAAGUCAGCAGCCUUGA